AUGGCGGCCGUCGCACCUCAGGGCAAUCCGGCCGCUGCACCGCCCUUCGCGCCCUACACCUACAUCCAGUGCCCCUGCUCCGACACGCAGACCGCGGCCGACCCGACGACCGCUUCCGGCCCGGGCCAGGCCGCCGGCGACGUGCCGGGCGGCGACGACGACGAAGACGACGAUAGGACGUUCGACCCGCGCGCCCCGCGCUCCAACUACAGCCUCUACCCGCUCGAGUACCUGCUCUACUGCGAGGACUGCCACCAGAUCCGCUGCCCGCGCUGCAUCGCCGAGGAGAUUGUGACAUACUACUGCCCCAAUUGCCAGUUCGAGGUGCCCACGAGCAACAUUAAGAGUGAGGGCAACAGGUGCACGCGCAGCUGCUUCCAGUGCCCCAUCUGCAUCGGCCCCCUGUCCGUCACCAGCCUCGAGGCCCCUCCCAACCCAAACCUCCUCGCCGCCGACAAUGUCCCUUCCCACCCCAGCGGCGGCCCUAAUGGCGGGCCGUACGUGCUCUCCUGCCUCUACUGCCACUGGAGCUCCACCGAGAUCGGCAUCAAGUUUGACAAGCCCAACGGCAUCUACACCCAGCUGACCAAGAUCCGCAACGGCGGCCGCCCGCGCCUGACCCCGCGCGAGCGCAAGGACCGGCGCAAGGAGAUGGUGUCCUCGAACCUCGGCGCCCCGAUGCUACUGGAAGAGGACCUCCCGUCAAACGGCCUGGCCUCCGUCGCCGAGGAGGAGGUGUCCCCCACCAUCACCGAACAGCCCUCUACCUCUGCGGGCAACGCAACCUCCUCCUCCCCAAACAACAACAACAAAAACGACGAUGCCGACCUCGACAUCGAGACCCAGUUUGUCAACCUCAAGGCCUUCUACCAGAACCAGCUCUCCGAGACCAGCGUCGCCGGCGCCUCGGGCCUUGCCGCCCUGGGCGACCUCGGCCUCUCCUCCCCGGGCUCCCUCUCGCGCAUCAUGAGCCUCUACACCGGCGGCGGCCUGCACGACAAGAAGUCCAAGGCCCGCGCCAGCGCCAUGCGCGAGGCACUCGAAGCCGACGAGGGGCUCCGGCUCGCCGACCUGGACGAGGACGACGCCGCGAUCGCCCGCCUCAUGCGCCAGGAGGGCGAGGGCGAGGGCGAGGGCGAGGGCGGCGGCUGGCACGCCACGGCGUCCCGCAGCCUCCAGGACGCGCAGGUGCCCAACCUCUGCGAGCCGCACCUCCACGGCUCCGCGCGGUUCCUCGACGAGCUGCGGCCCGUGCCCUACCUCCUGCGCACCAAGCGCUCCAAGCGCUGCCCCGUCUGCCGGCACAUCAUCUCCAAGCCCGAGGCCAAGGUCGGGUCGACGCGGUUUCGCAUCCGCCUCGUCGCGGGGUCCUACAUCCCCAGGAUGUCCAUCCGUCCCCUCAACCACAGCAGCAACAACAGCUCAUCUACACCCACCACCGCAGCAACGACAACAUCGCCGCCGGGCCUCCUGGCCCCGCUCAAGCCAGUGCAGUACCUCCUCACCUUCAAGAACCCCAUCUUCGAGCCCGUCCGGGUCACCCUCGCCACGCCCGCCACGACGCCCGGCCGCUUCGCCAGCAAGGUGACGGUGCUGUGCCCGCAGUUCGAGAUCGACGCCAACACGGACGUCUGGGACGAGGCCCUCAAGGAAGGGGACCGCGACGGCAGCCGCCGCCGCCGCAGGAACGAGGACGGCGGCGCGCAGCACCAGGCCGAGGCCGGCAAGAUCUGGGAGCGCGGGCGGAACUGGGUCAGCAUCGUGGUCGAGGUGGUUCCCGCGUCGCUGCGCUUCGACACCCUGGCGCUGCUGAAGGACCAGGGCCGGGACGACGUGGAUACCAGCCCGCUCAAGGAGGACGAGGACAUCCUCGAGAUCCCCAUGUUUGUCCGCAUCGAGUGGGAGGCCGAUCCGACGCACGACGACGUCGGCCUGGCCGCUGGCAAGGACAAGGACCUCAAGGAGAAACGGGAGCUGGCUUAUUGGAGCGUGCUGGGCAUCGGGCGAAUCAGUCAGGAUUAA